GGGUUAUUCAGAAACCACCGGCUUCAAAGUAGAGGCGAAGUCGCCCAUCCUGGACCUUGGCGAAGAGGUUACUCGCCUUCAAAUUGGAAGCGAAGCAGGCUUGUCGGGCUUCUUCAGAAACCACCGGCUUCAAAGUGGAGGCGAAGCUCCCCAUCUGGGGGCUUGUUAAGGAAGUUGGUCGCCGCCAAAGUAGAGGCGAAGUCGCCCAUCGGGGCCUUGGUGAAGAAGUCGUCCACCUUCAAAGUAGAGGCGAAGUCGCCCAUCCGGGACCUUGGCGAGGCGAGGAAGCCGGUCGCCUUCAAAGUAGAGGCGAAGUCGCCUAUCGGGGCCUUGGUGAAGAAGUCGGCCGCCUUCAAAGUAGAGGCGAAGCAGGCUUGUCGGGCUUCUUCAGAAACCACCGGCUUCAAAGUGGAGGCGAAGCCCCCCAUCCUGGACCUUGGCGAGGAAGUUGGUCGGCUUCAAAGUAGAGGCGAAGCCACUUAUCGAGAUCCACGGCAAGGAGACUCUCUGCCUUUAACGCAGAGGUAAAAUAGGCGUGCAAGGUUUCGAGA